UUUGUAUUUCGUGCAAUAACAUAUUAAUUUUAACAUCUUACCUAUUGAUAUAAUAAUAUAUUAUAUAUAUAUAUAUCAUACCACAGCGAGUAUAAUAACGAGAGUCGAGAAGUCAUAUCGUCUUCAGCGGAUUGUAAGUGACGAUUCCGUUAAAAUAUAUUAGUCGCAACUAUAUACCGACAGACUGUGCGUGUAUCUUCAGUAGAGUCAACCGUUAUGGAUAAACGCGAUAUGGACAAAGUGACGAGCGCAUCAAACCGCAAACAACCGCUGAAAACGACCGUUAGCAUGCCGAUACUCGGUCAGAGUAGUACACAUAACGAUGAAAUUUGUCGUGACAGACGUCAGCCAAUGAUCAAUACAGAUGAGAUGUCCGCACUUCCGGACAGCGGAGACGACGAUGAUCAACCGAGGACUCCUUUGACCAAGUCGACAAGCUGCUACGUGCAACAGACAGAUGGACAACUGAUGACCAACAGACUGUCCCGAGCCGAUGAUCAAUAAGACUUCGAAGGCGAUGCAUCGAUGAUAUCGAUAAUAAAAUACAUAUGGGUAUAUUGCAACAUUACAUAAACAACGAAAAAUUAAUAAUUAUAAUAUACCUGUAGUCUGUAAAUAAGGUUUAAUGAAUAUACUAUUGUUUUUAUUU